AUGGCGAGCGCCCAUCGGGCACAGAGCGAUAUUGUGCCGUUGACGAUUGAUGAGUUAGACGACAUCAUAGCGCGACUGCUGGCGAACUGCGGAAAGAAGCCGGAUAUGCGGGUGCAGUUGGAGGAAGAGGAGGUGAUUCGACUGGUGACUACUGUCCAAGGAGUGUUCAUGAAAGAACCUAUGCUGUUAGAAUUGCAAGCACCGAUUAAGAUAGCGGGAGAUCUGCAUGGUCAGUUCGCUGACCUGCUUCGAUUGUUGCAACACUCAGGAUUUCCUCCUAAACAAAGCUACCUGUUUCUGGGCGAUUAUGUUGACCGAGGAGACAAAUCUGUUGAGGUUAUCAGUCUACUGUUUGCGUACAAGGCUCGAUACCCGAACCGUGUUAGACUGCUGCGAGGAAAUCAUGAAAACAGGUUCAUCAACGUCGUUUAUGGAUUCUACGACGAAUUGCAUGAGAAAUUUGGUGACGUCGGGGGACAACGAGUCUUCGACUGUUUUACUCACACGUUCAGCUGGAUGCCGGUUGCGGCUCUGAUCGAAAAGCGUAUUUUCUGUGUUCACGGCGGCCUGUCCCCGGAUCUGCACUCGUUUGACCAGAUUCGAGAAUGGCCGAGACCAGUGAUAGAUCCGGAAUUUGGAUUAAUCUGCGACAUUCUGUGGUCAGACCCUCGAGCAUUGACUAUGGGUUGGGCGGAAAGCAACCGCGGGAUAUCGUUCACGUUUGGGCCGGAUAUCGUCAAGCAGUUUCGUCAGCGAUUCGGCAUAGACCUGAUCGUUCGAGCCCAUCAAGUUGUUCGAAAAGGCUACGAGUUCCUUCCUGGUAAGGGUCUGGUCACUCUCUUUUCUGCACCCAAUUACUGUAACCUGUUCUACAACGACAGCGCUGUGCUGUGUGUAGACGAAAACCUGUACUGUUCGUUUGACAUCAUGCGGCCGGACGUUUCGCUAAAGCUGGCUUAUCAGCACUAA